AUUAGUUGUGUUUUGUAAAACAUGUACAAUUUUGCAAUUUUUACUCAAAGAAUCAAAACAGCAAUUAUUGAGCUAUGCUAGACUGUGACAUCAGAUUCUUUGGUAAUUAUACGUAUUACUGUGCAUCCGGGCAUUAAACUUUUUAGCACACACAGAUGGAAAACGACGUAGCAUUUCUUGAAGCUCUGAUGUUGGACCAGUCAAAGUCGUUAGCAACCCGAUUUCGCGCUCUCUUCUCUCUCAGAAACGUUGGUGGCCAACAGGCUAUACAGGCCAUAUCAAAAUGUUUUUCUGACCCUUCAGAGCUUUUCAAACACGAAUGUGCAUAUUGUCUAGGACAGAUGCAGGAUACCACAGCUAUUCCCAUUCUCAUCAGCUUGUUAAAAGACUCAAACCAAGAGACAGUUGUUAGACAUGAGGCUGGAGAAGCUUUGGCUGCAAUUGGUGAUCCAUCUGUUGAGUCGGUUUUAAAAGAUCAUGCUCAUGAUCAUGCAGUAGAGGUUGCAGAAACAUGUCAAAUUGGAUUGGACAAAAUGAAGUAUAUGAGAAGCCCUUGUGAAGAAAAACUUAGUGAGAAUCCGUAUUGUUCUGUGGACCCGGCUCCUCCAAUGGCUAAUGCUGAUACAACUGUUAUUGAUCUGGAAAAACAACUUCUCGAUCCCUCUUUAAGUCUAUUUCAACGUUACAGGGUUAUCUUCACGUUACGUAAUAGAGGAUCCAAGGAUUGUGUAUUGGCUCUCUCAAAGGGACUACAAGACAACAGUGCACUGUUCAGACAUGAAAUUGCAUACGUACUGGGUCAAAUACAACAUGAAGUAGCUGUUCCUGCUCUCAUUCAUGUGAACACACUUUGCUGUAAGCAAAUACUAAUUGUAUGGUUACACAGUUUGCUACAGAAUUUAGAGAACUUAAACGAGCAUCCAAUGGUUCGUCACGAAUGUGCAGAAGCACUAGGAUCUAUUGCUAACGAGAGCUGCGUCUUAGUGCUAAAACGAUUUGCUGAUGACAGUGAAAGGAUUGUUAAGGAAAGCUGUUUUGUUGCUCUUGAUAUGUAUGAACACGAGACAAGCAAAGAUUUUCAGUACUGCACUGUCCCCAGCUAGCAGCACAAUUAAGUUCACAUUCUUUUUGGACGUAACUAAAAAUUAAGACAGACUUGUAC